GCUAUCUUUGCCGCUAGUAAGACACCUACAAAGGCGUUCAAUGCUUAUAGUUAAAUCCGCAACUUAUGUUAGGGUAACGCCAUGCAUUUAAUAACUGUCUAUCCCGACACGAUCAAAGUCAAAGACUGUGCACACUGAAUGAUACCAUUUUAUCAUUAACUACUGAGUACAUGCGCCGGGCGCUAUGUCGACGCAUAGGUUUCCUUAAUUGAGCGAGGGCGGCUAUCAUGGCGUGGGCUACGCGCUGCUCGCGCGUACAACUUCCAUAUCGCCUGCUGAUUAGCAUUGUUGUGGUAACAGUCUGCAAUUUAGUGGGACUACCGGCGGAUGCAGCGACGUCGCCAUCGGGGUCCUGUCCUGCAAGCUGCUCCGCGCCCACGGCUUGCCCGCUGCCGCUGUUCUCCGCUCAGCGCUGGUCGGAGAUCUCUGGCUCCGCGCUUCUUAAGGCCGGCUGGUCCACCCUGACCAACGGCACAACCAACUUAGCGUUCGGCGUGCCCUCUGGUGGCGCCGCUGUGAUCUUUGACGCACCGGACUCCGUCAGCUGCUUCCUAGCAAGACAGCUCAAAAGCAGCACUUCUGGGCAAAAGCUGACGUUGCCGCUAACAGGUUCAGUAGUUGUCUCGCUAGCAAGGAAUGCGGAUGGCAGCUGUCCGCUCACUGCGCCGUACUUUGGCACUGCUUCCUCGUGGGUUGCGGAUGUCUUGGCGCUCAAGCUCAACGUCCUUUACAGCCGGCUGCUUUCUGUAGUGACAGGCGCGAUUGCGGUUGGGGACGCAGUGUUUGCCACUUCAUACGGCAUUGACGUGUGCGCUUGCCGUACGGUCGAGCGUGUUGCGGACGAGGCGCAACUGUACAUGGCGGGCCUUAUGGAGGCUGACGGUGCGCCGCCGUAUGAUACUUGUGCAUCCGAUUUGGUGACUCAAUACGGCAGUUCGUCGUGCAAAGUGCCAGAUACUGUGAACUGGUUGUGUGUCGGAGAGUCAGCCAGUGCAGUUGUGGAGCCGCCACCGGCGUCGCCACAGGCAUCAUCCUUGCAACCACCGUCACCACCGCCACCUUCGCCAUCGCCGUCACCUCCGCGACCGCCCCCGCAACUGCCGCCAUCACCGUUACCUCCUUCACCACCGCCGCCGUCGCCACCACCAUCUUCUCCACCACCGCCGUCGCCAUCGCCGCCGUUGCCACCGCCGCCAUCACCACCACCACGGUCGCCACCACCGCCGUCGCCACCUCCGCCGCCACCUCCGCCAUCGCCACCUCCGCCGUCACCACCGCCGCCGUCGCCACCGCCGCCGUCGCCACCACCACCUUCUCCACCACCGCCGUCACCACAGCCGCCGUCGCCACUUCCGCCGUCGCCACUUCCGCCGUCGCCACCGCCGCCGUCACCACCGCCGCCGUCACCACCACCGCCAUCGCCACCUCCGCCGUCGCCACCUCCGCCAUCGCCACCUUCGCCAUCGCCACCGCCGCCGUCGCCACCGCCGCCAUCGCCACCGCCGCCGUCGCCACCUCCGCCAUCGCCACCGCCGCCGUUACCACCGCCGCCAUCGCCACCGCCGCCGUCACCACGGCCGCCGUCACCACCUCCGCCGUCGCCACGGCCGCCAUCGCCACUGCCGCCGUCGCCAUCUCCGCCGUCGCCACCCAGCCCACGUCCACCGCGUUCUCCAUCGCCACCGCCUCCACCACCGUCGCCACUGCCGCCACCACCGCCAUCGCCGCCAUCACUGCCCCCACCAUCUCCCCCGCCUCCCUCACAGCCUCCGCCGUCGCUGCCCCCACCUGCGACUCCAUUGCCUCCAAGCCCCUCGCCACCGCGGCCCAGUCCACGUCCGCCGCGGCCCAGUCCACGUCCGCCGCGGCCCAGUCCACGUCCGCCGCGGCCACCGCCGCCAACGAAGCGGCCACCGCCACCUCGGCCGCCACCGCCGCGGCCGCCACCCCCGCCACCCCCCUCACCGUUGCCGCCGCCCACCUCGCCUCCACUACCGCCACCACCUUCGCCACUUAAGCCGCCUCGUAACCCACCCCCGCCUCGCCUGCCUUCUCCACCGCCGCCCUCACCGCCUCCCCCGUCACCCCCACCUCCGUCACCGCCACCUCCGUCGCCACCUCCCCCCUCACCACCACCUCCGUCACCGCCUCCUCCAGUCCCUCCGCCGCCCUCACCACCGCCACCUUCACCACCCCCACCUUCGCCCCCGCCUCCGUCACCCCCACCGCCGUCACCCCCACCGCCGUCACCCCCUCCCCCUUCACCUGAACCACCUUCUCCGCAGCCCCCGUCAACGCCACCACCGUCGCCGCCACCCCCGUCACCGCCGCCUCCAUCACCGCGGCCGCUGUCUCCGCGGCCACCCUCACCGCGGCUCGUGUCACAGCCGCCUCCCUCCCCACGGCCACCUUCACUACCACCUCCCUCACCUCCUCCACCCUCCCCUCUGCCGCCGUCUCCAUUGCCGCCUUCGCUACCACCUCCGUCACCUCCGCCACCUUCGCCCCCGCCUCCAUCGCCUCCACCUCCGUCACCGCCGCCGCCGGGGCCGCCUCCUCCUUCACCGCCCCCACCUUCACCGCCCCCACCCUCGCCGCCGCCGCCAGCCCCUCCACCGCCUUCACCCCCUCCACCGCUCCCGCCCCCGCCCCCCUCUCCAACACCUCCACCCAAGCCACGGCCUCCGCCCAAGAAGCCGCCACCGCCACGCCCUAACCCCCCUUCACCCCUUCCCCCGUCACCACCACCACCAUCACCACAACCACCACCACCACCACCACCGCCACCUUCCCCACCCUCCCCGCCUCCGCCUGAUCCUCCCCCGCCGCCACCCUCACCACCACCUCCACCACCGCCCUCAUCCCCACUAUCCCCACUUCCGUCCCUUCUGCCGCCACCGCCGGCGCUUCCAGCCCCUGUAACACCUCCACCUCAGUCGCCGCCACCAAGCAUGCCACCGCCGGUGCUCCCCGCCGAGCCAGACGCCUUACCCCCAACCGCGGAAGAUUCAUCACCACCACCAUCAUCACCACCGCCGCCCAGCCGCAGCCCCCCACCCAAGCAGAAACCGCCCCCACCCUCCAAGCGGCCACCCUCCCCUCGACCGCCUUCUCCAUCCCCGCCAAUCCAGCCUGCACGCAAGUCGCCUCCGCCCUCGCCUCCCCCGCCACCCUCACCACUGCCGCCAACCACUCCCCUGCCAUCCACACCCUCACCCCCACCACCCCCACCACCCUCCUCCUCCAAGCCACCUACCCGCUCCAAGCCUCCGCCCAAGUCCCCUCCACCCUCACCCGCACCUCCCAACAGCCCGCCAUCCUCUCCCCCCGCUACACCUGCUGCCACACCUCCUCCUCCGCCUCCCUCCGCCGUCCUAGCCGCCUUCCCCUUCGGCUCCUGCCUGUCCCGCGGGUCAUCCGUGGGCAAGGCCUACCUGCUGUCGUACGCCAACCAGAGCCUCAACGCAGCGGACGGCAACCCCUCCUACUGCUUCAGCGUGCAGCUGCCGCAGUGCCGCCAGUCACAGUGCUGCGGCAUACCCCUGGACUUCAUCCAGUUCCUCAUAGCUGACGAGUGCUACGGGUCGGUGACCAAUCUGCGAGUCAACGGUGCCGCCCGCAGCCCCAACUACCACGUGUACGACGUGCAGGGCGAAACCGCCACCGUAUUCAAGAUAACAAACAUCAACUUGCCAUACAGUCAAGCCCAGGGCACAAGCUUCUGCUUCUCCCUGCGCGCCUCCGUGUGUCCUGAUCUGGCCACACUGUGCCGGGGCCCCACGUGCGCUGUUUCGGUGGGCAAUCUGCCGGGCAGCGGCAAGGCGGCCUGCUGCCCCGUGCAGUCCCUGCUGCUGCCUUCCGAGCGGAGAUAGAAAGAGCUAGGGCUAGGUGCAUAGGAAGCUGGAGUGCAGAGAGGCAUCGUGCAUGGUGCAUGGCGGCGCAGCAACUGCUGCCCUCGCCCUCAGCCUUGGCAUCAGGAGAGGCUGAUGAGGGGUCGGUGAUGGCGGCAGUAGUAGCAGCAGCAGCAGCAAAAGGAGGAAUGCUUGGACUACUUGCUCGUUCCGAGGAUAUCUGAUGCAGCCCAGAUGGCUGCAGGGAGGCGUCAUAUGGAGGACUGACCGAGGUGGGAAGUAAGCAGCACCUCGAUGAUGAAAGGGGUGUGGCGCAUGGGCUCGGAACCUAAGCUCCAGAAGCCGUGUACCAGAAGAUGAAGACUGCAUGCACGCCUCGUGGAGACUCGCUGGCCGGGGGGAAUGAAGAAGAAUUACCACGCUGUGAACGAUACCGGUAGUCGUCGCGAGGGGCUUCUGCUCCUCAGCAGCAGGGGAACAGCGGAAGUCGCCCCGGGCAGUGUUGAUGCCCGGCGGAGGCAUGCUCUAAAGCAGCUAAAUCGUCGGAGGCGGGAGGCAGCAGCCGGGGCAAAAGUGACUGAACCGGCAACAGCUCUGAUCGGUGGCAAGCAGGCAGCUGCUGAGGCAGCGCGGGUGUGGCGGCGGAUGGACCUCCGUCUUCACUGCAGGCUGCGCACAGUCUGGCCCCGUUGUCGCAGGGGCCUCCUGGCUGUAUGUGACAAUGUUGGUUCAUGACAUGAAGUUGGUCCUUUACUGGGGUGAAUAGUGAUUGAUUCACCUAGCAACACUUUAUUCAUGCAGUUUGACGUCUUGUUGACUGAUACCUUGUGUUAAGGCGCGCGUGUGAUUGCGGGGCGUUGAGUCCAAUAUCCUUUCGUGAAGAGACAGGGAUAGGAGGGCGGGAAAGGGGCGGCCGUAAGCGUCGGGAGCGGCGUUGGGAGCCUCUGCAGCAGCACCGAGCGGUGCUUGUCGCAACAUACAAGGGCUGCGGUACGUGCAAGAGCUGUACGCAAGGGUCUUGUUGGAAGGAUGCCGUGCUACCCUUUGCGUUUGUCUCUCUGGUUGUGAUUACCAUAUUUGAGUCAAACAGACAGACUACCGUUGACGACGUCUGAGUAAGACGGAUGACAGAAACAGCGUUACGGUUUUAUUCUUGUUGGGUGGUGUACUGGUGUAAGACGUACGGUAGGACGCACAUUGCACUGAUGACCAAGCCUGACUAAGCCUGACUAAGCCUUCCUCCAGGUCGUACGGGGGGUCUGUACGGCACUGGGUUGACGUACCCCGCCGUCUUCAUCCGUUGCGGGAUUGUGUGGGACUGCGCAGAGAUGAGUGAAUCCUGUGAUAUCUCCUGGGGUGAUUCCAUGGAUGGCGUUCCGCCAUGAGUGGUUGGUCAGCACCUUGCUUGCUAUGUACCGGUAGGCUCAUAAGGACUGCAGAGGCCUGGAUUUUGGGGCCCGUUGGGGGAUUUGGCCCGCUUCCUCUACUUCGCCUAACUAUGUCUCUCUCCCCGCUAUUCUCAUAUGGGCUCGUUGAUUGGCGGGUGGGUGUCUUGUCGUACAUUCUUGCCCUAAGUAAAGCACCUUGCACUGCUGGGUCGCUGGUUACCCCGUGAUUGAUUCUUGCACAGUAGGAGGUGGCUCAGAGGUUGUGUUACAUGACACCUGAAAGUACAGCACCGGAUGGCAAUGGAGGACUGGAAUGACCUAGCAGUGACAAUCUCGUAGGUGUUCAGGUGUAAUUGAUUGGAUCAGCAGCGCAAUCUCGGUGUUUACAGUCAUUUAUGUGAGGUGAUAACCGCUAUCUUGCCCAUGUAGUCGCUGACAAUGGAAACAUACGUAGGUACAUGGAGGUAGGUAGUCCUUGCCUAACGAUGCCUACAACAUAGAUGCCGGCGGGGGAUGCCGGCGUCUAUGGCUUGCAUGGAUGUGUAGGCGCACAGGGCCCAGGAGCGGCCACAAUUGCGUAUAAAGAGUGGUGCGAGGCGGCCGCAUGUGUGGGCUUCAGUCUGCAGUACGUACGGCAUCACAGAGUACGACUGCAGUGUACAUGGUUUUCAUGAAUGCAUGUUAGGCCGAAGGGCAUGCGGAUACUGUACCGUGGGCAGAAGAACUGUUGUAUGUGAGCAAAACCAGACCGCUAAGCAGCGGGCCUUGUCGCUAGUGUGCACUUCGUCCUAUCUCUCUAAUCAUACCGGGCUCGCUGGCAUCAUCAAGGGCCUUACGAGUAGUGUUGAUUGGGUGGCGGUUGUGGCAGGCGGAGAUCAGAUGCACUCCGUUGCAUAUGCAUGUAACUAUGCAUCCG